GUCACGGCACCAGCAAGUCAUGCCGCACACCAUAAUAAAAUUAUUGUUAUUAGUCGCCGGAGUAACAGUGUGUGUUACACAGGAUACACAGGAUGUAAGGGAAUCAAGGGUAGUGCAGACCACACAAGGGCCCGUGAGGGGAUAUAAGAAGAAUGAUAUCUUCUAUUUCUACGGGAUCCCGUAUGCCACAGCGCCUACUGGAACGCGCAGGUUCACCGCACCGCUUCCUGGACCAGUAUGGCUGAACACACUCGAAGCGGUCAAUGAUAAGAUACUUUGUCCUCAGGGCAAAUUUCCGAUGGUUAACCACCCAAUAGAUUUUGACAUACGAGAAGACUGUCUUGUAGCAAACGUGUAUGUACCUGAAACAGAAGAGACUAAUCUACCUGUCGUGGUUUAUGUCCAUGGAGGAGCUUACCAAUUAGGAGCCGGAGUUUUUGGCUCACCAAGCCCAUUAGUGCGCACCAAAAAAAUCAUAGCUGUCACUUUCAACUAUCGCUUAGGAGUGCAUGGGUUCCUCUGUCUGGGCACAGAAAAUGCGCCCGGUAACGCUGGAAUGAAAGACCAAGUCGCGCUACUUCGAUGGGUACAGAAGAACAUCGCCAGAUUUGGUGGUAAUCCCAAUGAAGUCACUAUUGCUGGGUACAGCGCUGGUUCGUCAGCAGUAGAUCUUUUGAUGCUCUCAAAAAUGACCAAGGGUCUUUAUAAUAAAGUUAUACCCGAGAGUGGUGCAAGUGUAGCAGCGUGGAGCGUUCAGAUUGAUCCUGUCCAGAAUGCGAAAGAUUUUGCUAAGCAGCUUAACUUUACUAACGUUGAUAAUAUCAAUAGUUUAGAAGAAUUCUACUCAACUUUGUCAUAUGAGGCUUUGACGUCGGAUAUUUUCCUUGAUAGGAAGGAUUCAACUUUCUUGUUUUCACCUUGUGUUGAACGUGAUGCCGGUGUUGAAAUGUUCCUAGACGAUGCUCCAGUUAACAUUUUAAAACAAGGAAAAUACAGAAAAGUGCCAGUCCUGUAUGGAUUUGCCAAUAUGGAAGGUUUAUUCCGGGUUCCAUUGUUUGAGCAGUGGCAAGAAUUAAUGAAUGAAAGAUUUUCAGACUUUUUGCCAGCUGAUUUGCAGUUUAAAAACAAUGAAGAAAAGGAGCGUAUUGCGAAACAUAUUAAAGAAUUUUAUUUUGAUGACAAACGCAUAUCGGCCGAAACUGUUCAAGGGUUUAUCGAUUACUUCUCUGAUGUCAUAUUUGCAUUUCCUCAUUUGAGAUCGGUUAAGAUGCAAGUGGAGGCUGGUAGUGAUUCAAUAUACCUGUAUGAAUAUUCGUUGUUCAGGCCACAUCCCGAAAAUGCUGGUGUUCCAGAAUACGUGAAAAAUAUCAAAGGAGCAGGUCACUGUGCCCAGACUUUUACGAUAUUGGAAACCGGUGCAUUUGGCGUUAAUAUUGGUCCUGAUUCUGAUGAAUCCAAGAAAAUGAGGAAUAGUAUGGUUGAACUUUGGGUGAACUUUAUCACUAAAGGUAAACCAGUACCCGAGGGAUCAAAUCUCCCUACUUGGCCCCCGGUUGGCGCUAACAGGUCUCCCUAUAUGUCUCUAGGAGAAGAGAUUAAGCUCAAAGGGCCUCUCUUGGAGGAACGUACACUCUUUUGGGAGGACAUCUACGAGCGUUUCUAUAGAUCUCCAGUGGCACCAUCUCCACGCAAAGAUAGAAGCGAACUUUAAUACGAAAAAAUAAUCUUCAUUUUUCUAUAAUAAUUAUUU